AUGAACUAUCAUCUGGGUUGUGUCUUGCAGAAAACACACCUGAAAAGUAUUUGCCUGCAAUACCAGCUGUAUCUUCUUGUGAACAGUCAUUUAAAGAAUGAGAUGGGAUUAAUCAUCUUCUUCCUAUGUUCUUAUAUACUAAAGACAGCAGCAGGGCAUUGCAAGUGGGCAGCAGUUCUGAAAGACUUGGAACAGAUCAAGACAUCCAAAGACAUUGAUGUCAGGUUAUACACAGCAAACACAGAUGAGGAUAAAGAAUGCCAAGAACCUGUAAUGAGGUGCUUCUUCUUAGAGACACAAGUAAUUCUUCAGGAAUGCCUUAUCAAAAAUUGUAGUAAAACACAAGAUGUACAGAACAUAUGGAAAAAUGGAAAUGCAAGCUUAGGGGGUAAAAAGUUGAAUUCCACAACAUCAGGAAAAUGCAAAGAAUGUGAAGAGUAUGAAGAAAAAACUUUUACAGAAUUUAUACAGAGUUUUGUAAAGGUUAUACAGAAGGAAUGCAAAUACUGACCAUCAGGCCAGAACUCUUCCAUGAAUAUCCUUAGAGAAAUGAGAUUAUUGCCAGCAAUAAUCUGGAAAGAACAUCACUUACAAUCCUACUUAUAUAGCAUAACAUGCAAACAAAGAAUAAUAAAAUCCCUCUAAUUCCCACUGUAUUCAUAACUGAGGACAUACAAAUAAUGCUACUUAUGAAAUAUAAAGGAAGGGAAUUUGAGAGGAUUUAAAGCUUCUUCUGGACUUACAGUGUGUUUAUUUUAUGGUAACUUCAUUGGAAAAUAAAACCUGUAUAACUUACCAACCUUUCAGCAAAACUAAGAAGAUCUCAAGGUAUCUUCAGGGGGACUCCUCAGGAACAUCAACUCAGGGCUAAAUGAAUGGCGUUUCAGAGAAAAGCUCUUCUUUUAAAGAGCUGCUUCUCUUAAAACAUUUGGCUACAGCUACUUUUUGUUGUUUGAAAUCUAUCCCUUUACCAUCUGCACUCCGAGAAGAUUCUAGUUAAUCUCUCACUUCUGUUGUUAGUCAUGUCUGACAGUUUUCCUUGCUAUUUUUUUUCUCAUUAAAAUUCCUUCAACAAACUAGUGUCAAAUUGAGACCUAUUUGUCUUAAAGGUCUG